AAAAGUGGAAAGUCCGCAGAAUUUAGGGCCAUUCCGAUAAUUCUGCCUAAAUAAAAGGUAUCAUCGGUCGACUAAAACACGUGAAGAUAAUAUAUAAACUCGUUAGCCUCCCCAAUAUUUAACUCCUUUGACGAAUAUGGAGACAAGGUUUCCAAAUGUUACAAAAACCACCCUUCCUCUUUAUCUCGGACGACAAUGAUCACAACAAUCUCCGGUACACGAGCUUGAAAGAUGUGAUCUCGAGUUCUGAUGGCUUUGGUUCGUUCUUUUGUCACUCUGUUCCUUCGCAAGACGGUGUUCUCUUGUCGGAAAUGGAUUCUUCAAACAUUGCCAUUAGAAACGAGCUGGUGAAAAGAGCAGCUUCGAUGUAUCUUCAAUCUUCUAUGAUCGUAUCAGCUCCGGACACGAACUGGUUUCAGAGAUUCUGUCUUAAGGCUAAGCAUGCGGUUGAUUGUCUCAGACCGGUUUACCGGAUUUUUUCUUGGUCUAGUUAAAGAGAUGUGUUUAGACAGGGUGAUUCCGGUUUGUAAAUGUGUAAAUACUGUAUUCUAUAAUAUAGAUAAUCAAAUAAAAUUUCAAGCCUUUUUCACUUCCAUCUAAAAUAUGAGAGAAAUAAUCUAUAAACAUCAUCAUACCAUCGUAGAAUUAAGCAUCAUACAAUUAUUAACGUUUUUUAUAAGCUCGUUUGGAAGAAGACCACAACGUCUCUUUUCUCAGAUCUUUUGGAGCUUUUGUGUCCAC